CAUUCCCCCAAACACAAAUCACCCCUCCACUUCUCUCUCCUAUCUUUCUCUCUCUAAAAAUGGGCUCAUCACAAGUUGAUGCUCUAUGGCUCUUUGCCUUAGCCUCAAAGUGCAACCACUUAACCAUAACCAACAUUGUUUCCUCUAUAUUUCUCCUAUUAUUAGUUUGGUUAGCCAUGAGCCUAUUUUAUUGGGCCCACCAGGGCGGCCCAGCAUGGGGUAAAUACUCUUGGACCAAUAUAUCUCAUUGGGCUAGAAAGCCCAUUCCAGGUCCUCGUGGUUGGCCCAUCUUUGGAAGCAUAGGUCUUAAAAUGGGCCUAGCCCAUCAUAAAAUUGCCUCAAUGGCAAAAGUUUAUAAUUCCAUGAGACUUAUGGCCUUUAGUUGUGGUGACACUCGCAUGAUUGUAACAUGUAACCCUGACGUAGCUAAAGAUAUCCUAAAUAGCCCAAUCUUUGUAGACCGACCCGAUCAAGAAUCCGCUUACGGAUUAAUGUUUAAUCGGGCUAUCGGGUUCGCCCCAUACGGUUCGUAUUGGCGGACCCUACGUCGGGUAGCUAGUACCCAUAUGUUUAGCCCAAAACAAAUAAAAUAUUAUGAGGCCCAAAGAAGUGAUAUAGUUUGUCAAAUGGUGGAAACCUUAAGGGCCAAAAAUGGGCUUUUUAAAGUCCGAGAUGAGUUAAGAUGGGCCUCAUUAAGUAACAUGAUGGGCUCAGUGUUUGGAGAGAGAAAUAUGGAAAGUGAGGAAUUAAAAGAAAUGGUUGUAGAAGGUUAUGAUUUACUUGGAAUAUUAAAUUUUGGAGAUCAUAUUUCUUGGUUAUCUCAAUUUGAUUUUCAAAAAAUCCGGUUUAGGUGCUCUAAAAUUGUUCCUAAAGUGAACCGGUUUGUAGGCCGGAUCAUUGAAAAUCAUCGGUCUAAUCCGGUCCAAGUGAACCGGGACUUUGUUGACGUUUUGUUGUCUCUCCAACACUCGGAUAAGCUUGCAGAUUCCGACAUGAUCGCGGUUCUUUGGGAAAUGAUAUUCAGAGGCACAGAUUCAAUAGCAGUGUUGAUAGAAUGGAUUCUUGCAAGAUUAGUACUUCAUCCUGAAAUACAAUCAAAGGUUCAUGAUGAGCUGGACAAUGUCGUAGGGAAGUCACGUGCAGUUACUGAAUCUGAUAUUUCAUCAUUGGUUUAUUUAACGGCUGUGAUCAAAGAAGUCCUAAGGUUACACCCACCGGGCCCACUUCUCGCAUGGUCCCGCCUCUCUAUUGAGGACACUACAGUUGAUGGAUGUCACGUGCCUGCGGGGACCACAGCAAGUGUUAACAUAUGGGCCAUUGCUAGAGACCCAAAUGUGUGGGCUAGUCCACUUCAAUUUAAGCCCGAGAGGUUCUUGGGCUCGGGGCCCGAUAAUGAAUUAUGUAUGUUUGGGUCAGACCUACGACUAGCACCUUUUGGGUCUGGUAGGCGGUCUUGUCCGGGGAAGAUGUUGGGGCUCACCACUGUUAGCUUUUGGGUGGCGUCACUAAUGCAUGAGUUUGAGUGGAUGAUGUCGUUAAAUAAUGAGGUGGAUUUGUCGGAGGAGCUUAAACUUUCUUGUGAGAUGGCGCAUCCUCUUACAGUGGAGGUGAGGCCACGAAGGUUAAUUACAAUCUAAGUUAAUUUCUUGAUCAUGUCUUACAUGUACAACUAUAGUCUAUAAGUAUUUAAGUUCCUAAGCUCAUGGUGUAAAUAAAUAGUAAUUAGUAGUAAUACACUUGAUUUUGACAUGUUGA